UGAAAAGAACCUGCCUGACCUGGGCUUCAAAAGUGAAACGGCUACGGGGAGUGCGUGUUUUACCGAAAGGGGUAACUGGUGAAAAUCCAAAAGGGAGGGAGACGUGAAGGAGAAGGGAUUCUUUAAAUUAUUUGGGUGGUAUAUAAGAUAAAUAAGGGCAAAAAUAAAGUUUGGCAGGGGAAACCGAAGCAGGCUGGCUCAGGGGAGGAAGAGAGUGGAUGAAAAACCUGGAAACUCGGAAAGCAGCAAUCUGAAGGGAAAACCUCUUCCCAGCAAGUAACGGAAAACCUGCAGAUGCCCUAGCUGCAAUAGUAAACAGUGAGUAGUACAAAAACCAGCUGGCACUGAACCAGCAGGCCUUGUCAGGCUCAGACCGGAAAUGGCUUCCUCAGAGAGGGAGAAUGGAGAAGAGUUGCCCCAAGACAACACCUGCGAUGCCUGUGAGCCCGAUGAAGCACAGGGUGCUACGCAGAUCUGUCAGGACUGUGCGUUUUCCUUUUGCCAACUUCACGCAGAGGAGCACAGCCAAAGAUACAGGACCCACCGGAUGACUGACUUUGUCACUCCAUCAGGGCAGAGACAGGCAAGCAGCCAAGAAGACCCCAAAGAAGAAGAGGUUCGCAAGCUGGAGCGGAAGAAGUGUGAAGAACACGGGGAAGAUCUUAGCUUGUAUUGUAAAGAGCAUGAGAAGAUUAUCUGUGUAUUGUGCGCUGUGUCUGGCUCUCACCAGAAGCAUGAUAUCAUCACUCUGAAGGAUGCCUAUGAAGCCAUGAGGAAUAGAGAUCGUAUUGACCUGAAAGUGGCUAUGCUAGAGAUGGUGGAAAGAUUGAAGUUCAAGUCUGCAGAUCCCAAAGUAACUCAGGGUGACAUGAAGUUAUGCAUUCAGCAAGAAUUUGAAAAGGUACGUCGCCUAGUUUGUGAAGAGGAAGAGAAAGCUCUUCACCUGGUGGAUCUUCAGGAAGCCUUGGCCACUGCUCACACAACAGAGGUUCUGGCAGAAAUUGAUGUCCGCAUGGAUAAGCUGAUGACAGAAAUGGCUGAGCUCACAAGACAGCUGAACACCUUUAAUGAGCUAGCCCUACUCAAGCCUGAGAGCACAGAUGAAGAAUCCAGGGCCGAAAGCUUUCCUCUGCCUUCAUCAAAUCCUUCCCAAAGGGACAGACAGUAUAAUGGUGGGGAUCUCGGCUUACCCCGCUCUGCCCAGUGGGCUCCGCUUUAUGACUGACACAGCAAUGAAAAUUUCAGGCCUAACCACUCUGAGUGGGAAUC